ACAAGAUUCAAAAAAUAAUCAAUUAAUGAUUAUUAAUGUUAAUGAAGUACUCAAAGGGUAUUUAGCAGUUGAACUAGUUAAUGGUUAUGUAAUUUUCAAUGAAGAUUGUAUGAAAUAUUUUCAACUAUUUUAGAUAUUCAAUAAAAUCAUCAAAAAAGAAUAUCAACUAUGAAAAAGCAGUACAUUUGUCUAUUCUGGUUUCUGAUUUAUGGAAUGUUACUAAAAAUGUAUUCAAAGAGAAUUAAGUAGUUAAGAUGUAUUAAUAUUAAAUAUUAUUAAAAUGACCUUGAAAUAAUUCGAAUCAGAAGUAAAGUUUAAUUUGAAUACAUAAUUUCUUAAUGUAAUAAUAAAUUAUUCAAUUAGAGGCUGAUUAUACUAUGAUUAGAAUUUAAUUUUGUGAUAAAGCUAUAGAAGAAGAAAAAUUAGCUGCUGAAGCUUAAACUUAAGGUGAUAAUAAUAAAGAUAAUUAUUAUUUAUUGUUAUAUUGUAUUCAUAUUACAUUAAUUUUAAUUACUAUAGAAUAACAAUAAAAUGUUACUUAUUAAAUAAUAAAUAAAAUCAUACACUAUAAAUUAAUGUUAUUUAUUUAAUGAAUUAUAAACAACUCAUCUACUGGGAAAAAUAAGGUUAUGAUCAAUUAUGUGGUGUUCAUUGCAUAAACUCACUUUUAUAAGGACCUUAUUUUAAUGAAGUUGAUUUAGCUGCAAUAGCUUAAGAAUUAGAUAGAUAGGAAAAAGAAUUGUUAGGAAAAACAAAUCAUCGUUAUAAAUCUCAUAAUGUUGCUGAAGAUGGCAACUUUUCUAUUUAAGUCUUAGCAGAAGCCUUAAAAAAAUUAGGUGAAUUAUUUAUUGAAUCUGUUGAUUCAAAAAUUAAUUAAAAUUAAGAUUUGAGGUAUAUUUUUUCAUUUAUAUAAAUAAAGUCAAGAAACUGGAUUUAUAUGUAAUUCUUCAGCUCAUUGGUUUUCAAUUAGAAAAAUUGAAAAUGUUUGGUACAAUUUAAAUUCAACUAACAAACGAGGACCAGAAAUAAUUAGUGACUUUUAUCUAUCAGCUUUUCUUUUAUCAGUUAAAGAAAAUGGAUAUUAAAUCUUUGUUGUUAAAGGAGUAUAUCCACCUCCAUAAUUAGAUGUUAUUAUUAUCAUAUAUUUUCUUUAUAGAAUGUCGAUUAAAAUAAUCGUUAAAAAGUUCUUACUGCUUAAUAAAUUAAAUAGAUUCAUGAUAGAAGAGUUAAAAAUAAAAAUUAUAAAUUAAAUAUUGGUGGUUCUGAUGAAGUUGAAAUGGAAAAGGCAUUAAAAGCAAGUAAAGGAGAAAAAUAUGUAAUUAAUUAAUCGUUUCAUUAUUCUUAGGAAUCAUCAGAAGAAGAAUUUGAAGAAGAAGGUUAAUAAAAUCCAGUUAAAAAGUAAUCCACUCCAAAAUUUUAAGGAUAAGGAAUAUAAUUUGAAUUUUAACAAUCACUUGUUAAUUAUCCAAAUUUUAAUAUUGAUCCUUUAGAUGCUGAAUAUAGAUCAAUUAUUCUCAUGACACUUGAAUAAGUAAAAUAAUAUUAUUAUUAUCAUUUUAUUUAGAAAUUUAGUAUGUAAUUAGAAGAAGGUUUAUCUAUUCUAUUUUAAUUGCCAGAUGGAAAAAAUAAAUAAUACACAUUUAGUUAUGAUGCAACUGUUGAAGUAUUUAUUAUUAUUAUAGAUAAAGGAUCUUUAUGAUUUUAUAUUUUUUGAAAGUAGACAAUCCCCUAUGAGAUUCACAUUGGUUAGUCCAAUUCAAAAAUUACAACUUCUAGAUGUUUCGUAAUAGCUCUUAGAUUUAGGCAUAGAUACCAUGACCUAAAUAAUUGUAAAGAAAGAAUGAAAUAAAAUUAUUAAGCUUCAUCAUCAUAAUUUAAAACCGAU